GCACCGUUGACGGCCGAAUUCUAACUCGCUUCAGACCGGUUCUCCCCAGAAACACGUCGAAUCUCUCCUUUUUUGCGCGAAGUCGCAAUCUUUCAACACCAUGAAGCUCGUUCGGUUCUUAAUGAAGUGCGCCAAUGAGACGGUAACCAUCGAGCUGAAGAAUGGCACAAUCCUCCACGGAACUAUCACCUCCGUCAGCCCGCAAAUGAACACCUCCCUGCGAACCGUCAAGAUGACACCCAAGGGUCGGGACCCAAUUUCGCUGGACACGAUCAACAUCCGUGGCUCCACGAUCCGCUACUAUAUCCUGCCGGACAGUCUGCCGCUUGACACUCUGCUCAUCGACGACACGCCCAAGCCGAAGAACAAGGCGCGUAAGGAGGCCGAUCGUGGCCGGGGUGGUGGUCGCGGUGGACCCAGAGGGCGUGGCAGGGGCCGGGGACGGGGCCGGGGUCGUGGUUUCUAAGCUAUAGUAUUGCGAGGCUAUGCUAUGCUAUGAUACAGGAGCAUUUCGUAUUUGGGA